AGGAGGCGGAUAAACCUCUCCCCGGAUUGUUAAUUUUAAAUGACUGACAGAUAGACUCAACACACGAGAGAAAUGGGAAUAACUGGCAAGGGUAUUUCGGGGUUUGUGCACAUCGAUUUUCCGAUGACUACCUCGUAGAGGGGGUAGACCUCUCCACCACGACCCUCAGGAAUACUUUGCUGGAACAGAAUCAAUAUGAUUCAUACCCGAGCAAGUUCUCCGUCGUUCUGUCCUCUCCAGAGUCAUCACAAUAUUGAUGAAUCGCUCUGUCAUUAGUAAUUAGUGGUGGUUUUUAUUAUUCAAUAAAAUUAUGACAGUGUGAUGGUUCCUCGUUAUGUGGGUCAAGUGUUUAUCACAAUUUAACGUAGGCAACAAGUGAUGAUAAUGGAUUAUAGUGAGUGGAGGAAAUUGAAUUGGGAAAAUGAUCAGUGGAGAGGAUUAGCCGAUUAUUCGCCGGCGGCAUCGUGAAGACGAUUCUCUCAUUGAGAAUUUGAGUGUUGAUUUGCGAAGGGGGUGGCUUUUACAGUUAAUUAUGAUGCGAUUAAUCGGGGCUUUGUCGAUGAUGUCGUUGGCCUGUGGAUCUUCACCUGCUUCGGAAGAUAAUAUCCUUCAUAUUGGGGGGAUCUUUCCCAUUGGUGGAGAAGGGGGAUGGCAAGGAGGGCAGGCGUGUAUGCCAGCGGCUAAUCUCGCCUUGGAAGACGUCAAUAAGGCGAAGGACCUGCUACCGGGAUUCGAAUUGAAAUUGCAUUCUAAUGACAGCGAGUGCGAACCUGGUCUGGGAGCUUCUGUGAUGUAUAAUUUGCUGUACAAUGCUCCCCAGAAGUUGAUGCUUUUGGCAGGAUGCAGUACUGUCUGCACGACUGUGGCAGAAGCUUCGAAAAUGUGGAAUCUAGUUGUUCUAUGCUACGGUGCCUCAUCUCCAGCACUCUCGGACCGCAAUCGCUUCCCGACACUUUUUCGAACCCAUCCAUCUGCUACAGUUCAUAAUCCAACCAGAAUAAAGUUGAUGCAGAAAUUUGGUUGGUCUAGAGUUGCUAUUUUACAACAGGCCGAGGAAGUGUUCAUAUCGACAGUAGAGGACUUGGAAGCCCGUUGCAAGGAAGCGGGAAUCGAGAUCGUGACACGUCAGAGUUUCCUCUCAGAUCCGGCGGACGCAGUUAGAAAUCUCCGACGUCAGGACGCCAGGAUAAUAAUCGGCCUCUUCUACGUGGUAGCCGCACGUCGAGUUCUCUGCGAGGUCUACCACCAGAACCUCUACGGAAAGAGCUACGUCUGGUUCUUCAUCGGAUGGUACGAGGACAACUGGUUCGAGAUCAAUCUCGACAAGGAGGGCAUCUCUUGCACGAAGGAACAGAUGAGAAUGGCCGCGGAGGGUCAUCUCACUACUGAGGCCCUAAUGUGGAACCAGAACAAUGACACAACUAUCAGUGGAAUGACUUCCGAGGAUUUCAGGCAGAGGCUUAAUCAGUUGCUGAAGGAGGAUGGAUAUGACAUCGAUGGGAAUCGGUACCCCGAGGGUUAUCAGGAAGCUCCACUGGCCUAUGAUGCUGUUUGGUCUGUUGCACUGGCAUUCAAUAAGACGAUGGAAAAACUGGCGAAAUCGGGAAAGAGUUUGAAGAAUUUCACUUACACGGAGAAAGAAAUAGCGGAUGAAAUAUACUCGGCAAUAAAUUCCACUCAAUUCCUGGGCGUUUCGGGAUACGUGGCAUUCAGCUCUCAGGGUGAUAGAAUAGCAUUAACCCAAAUAGAGCAGGUGAUCGAUGGAAAGUAUGUGAAGCUGGGUUACUACGACACACAGAUGGAUAAUCUGACCUGGAAGAACAUGGAGAGAUGGAUCGCUGGAAAGGUCCCACAGGAUCGGACGAUCGUUAGAAGAGUUUUAAGAACUGUAUCCUUGCCACUGUUCAUCUGCAUGUGCGCAAUUUCAGCACUAGGAAUCACCAUUGCCAUUCUCCUCAUCAUUUUUAAUAUUUGGAAUCGUCACAGGAGAGUAAUUCUAUCGUCGCAUCCGGUCUGCAAUACGAUCAUGCUGGUAGGUGUUAUUGCCUGCUUCGUAUCAGUAUUCUUGUUGGGCAUUGAUGGUCGCUUCGUUCAGCCCUCUGAAUAUGCCGGCAUUUGUCAAGGAAGAGCUUGGGUGCUUUCAAUCGGAUUCACCCUGGCAUUUGGAGCGAUGUUCAGCAAAGUAUGGAGAGUACAUAGACUGACGACUAAAACAAAAGCUGAUCAAGCUAAAUUGUUCAUGGCAAAACAGAAAGUAUCAUCAGUACAAAAAAAUAUUCAACCGUGGAAAUUAUACACAAUGGUGAGUGCCCUGUUGGCGGUCGAUAUAGUUAUUCUAGGGUCGUGGCAAGGAUUGGACCCCUUGCAGAGGCAAAUUGAGGUCUUUCAGCUGGAAAUGCCACCUUACGGUGAGGACGACGCCAGGAUCCGUCCGGAAUUGGAGCAUUGCGAGAGUGAACACAAUGGAGUAUGGCUUGGAUUAAUUUAUGGAUACAAAGGAGUUGUCCUGGUAUUCGGACUGUUUCUCGCCUACGAAACUCGAAGUAUAAAAGUGAAACAGAUCAACGAUUCACGUUACGUCGGAAUGUCAAUCUACAAUGUAGUUGUACUCUGUCUGAUAACGGCCCCAGUGACGAUGGUCAUAGCUAGCCAACAGGAUGCGAGCUUCACAUUCGUCGCACUGGCGAUAAUCUUCUGCUGCUUUCUCAGCAUGGCCCUUAUUUUUGUGCCUAAAGUCAUUGAAGUCAUCAGACAUCCCAAGGAUAAGGCUGAGUCUAAGUAUAAUCCGGAUGUGGGAAUGUCCAAGGAGGACGAGGAAAGAUAUCAGAAGCUCGUGAUUGAGAAUGAUGAACUGCAGAAACUGAUUGCCCAGAAAGAAGAAAAAAUAAAAGUGUUGAAACAGCGUCUAGCCGAGCGGGACGCAUCACGAGGAGGUACAGGGCACAUACCUAAGGACUCAUUGAUAGUAGCUGAUUUCGUAACAGGCGAGGGAACAUCAGAUAGUGCCAUUGGUGGGGGUAUAUCAGUUUAUACGAGGUCCUCACGUGCAUCUGCAUCUGAUUUUGAGUUUUCCGAAUCAUACCUCUAAAUUUCUAUGCAAUUCUAUUUUCUACUCCAUUAUUUCUACCUGGAGGACUCGUAAAAAUUUUUUUUUUUCAAGUUUAUAUGAACGAACUCGUUAACGGAUUGUACAAGAAAUUUUGUCAACGUCGACUGCUAUUUAAUCUUUUGAAAGUUUGAAAAUUCACGAAGAAUGUUCAUAGUUAAUAUUUCCUGAGUCGAGGGAGAAUUAUCGAUUCCUCAUAAGAAAUUUAUUCAACCAAUAGUACAAACUGGAGUUUAAACACCACUUGACUGCAAAACUCCUCAGAAAGAAAUACAAAUCGUAAUAAUUUUGUCAUCGUUUCAUCAACGGCAUAUGAACCGCAUUCUCAGUGCCGAAGUUGUUAUUUUCUGCGAAAAUUGUUUAUUUGAAGAGAGUACCUGAGCAUCAGAAUAUCUGAAGAAUAUGAAAUCAAAUAGAAUCGGCCUAAUCUACAAUUUUAUUCCAUAUUCAAAAAGUAUAUAAUAGCGGAGAAAUUCACGGGUAAUAUCAGAAAAAACAUGAAAUUUGGAUUCGAGAAAUCAAAUCAUCAGAAUUCUGAGGAAAUACCACUAGAGUUUCAUGGGAAGUCGUUAGAUUUCAAUAAAACAUUUUUAUUCCCAAAAAAUCAUUUGUCAACCUUCGCAAUCGGUUCUCUCACUACAAUUUGGGUCCAAGAAUGUGAACAACUGAAACAUUGCGAAUUGAAACGCUCUAGAAAUAAAAAUAAACUGUUAAUGCAUAAAUUAUAGUACCGAAGAAGCUAAAAUAACGGCUCCUAGCACAUCACCAUUGCAUGUCAUUUCCAAUCGAAAUACCAUUGCACUAUUAUUUUUAUCUCCAUAAAAAAACGCCUUGGAGAAGCAUGUCUAUUUCCAUUAAAUAGAAUUAAUAAAGUGCAAUUAAAUCUCGUUAGACAAUCAGAUAUAUAAUUGAUGUUUCGCUUAUGUAAACCUCAUGAAGUGUGCUCCCAAAUUUUAAUAAUAAAAAAUGAUAAAAUUUAUUCAAAAGAAGUCGUCAAAAAAAUCGAGAAAUAGCGUUGAUCACGUACGGGAAAAUUCAGUGGCCGUGUUUAUUGAUUUUUUUCCCCCAAAUAAAUUCAAAAAAUGUCGAGUGUAAUAUAAAUAUUUCAAGUUAAAACAGAAACCGAUCUUUUUCUAUAGAAAUUUCGUGCUUUAUAUUUUGCCAGAGAUUUUUAGUUAUUUUUAUUGGAAAAUCCAAUAACAAAAAAAUUUAACUUUUCGUAGGAAAAAUCCGUCUGCAGAGACUUUUGAUGCUAUUAAAUUUUUUCAUACGUGAGAUAUUAUAAAAUUAUUUUUAAGAAAUACAUAUACAAGACUCACGUGCUAACGAGAUUUAACCACUGAUAAAGGGUCAAGUACCAUUCAUAAGUAAUUUGGGAGUCUUGAUGAGGUGCUUUGUCGUGAGAUACUUGAAUGUUCAGCCAGUGUAUCGACGAAAUACAGAUAAUAAAAAUAUUCCCCCGUCCCCCAAAAUAAUGAAUACACCAAAUGAAUACUUGGAAUAUUAUUUAUGAAUGGGUCAAAAGUUGAAAAAAUCGUGUACUCAAUAUUAAGCAUAUUUUCCUGUUUCUGUUUCUAGAGACGGACCACAACGGCUGAAAAUUGGAUACCAUCCGUCAAAUUGAACCUAAUUAAAAUUCAUUGUCUGGAUCGACGGACGAACGUUCGAUCAUAUCUCAAAUGAUCGAUUUUUUGAAAAUGAAAUUUCCGGUGUAAUGAUUUCGUACAUAAGUGUUCUCGUAGCGAUUAUCUGUACAGAUUGAAAGCGCUAGACUAUUCGAUGAAUUCCUAAUUCAACAGACGAUUGAAUUUAGAUAAUUACAUGUUGACGAUUCGAGAUUUGUAGUUACAAUAUCUCGGAUCUUUCAAGAGGGAUGAGAUUCGUUGGAGUUGUUGCAGUAUGACUUGUUCUCUAUAUUGAUAACAGAAUUACAAAUAUAUGACCUACAGAGAAAUUUUAUUGAAAAUUGUCCUCUCCUUUCCCGACGAAUAUUUAUUAUUUGGAAGUGGAGUAUAAAUUUUAUUAGGAAGGUUGAAUCAAUCAAUAAAUAAAUAAUUUUUUCUAAUUGAAAGUUAUAUUAUUAAAGGAAUUUAUUACAGUUUUGUGGAAAGUCAUGGUACAAUAAUGGCAAUUGAAAAACUGCAUAAACAAUUGUGUUUUGACGUAGUUAAACAAUUUUU